AUGGAGGAAGACAGUUUCGUCUUUGUUGAGAUAGAAGACAUUAUCCAGCAACCCCAACAAAAUCCAAGCCACAACCCUAGGGCCUCCGAGUAUUUUCAUGAUGUCGAGAAGUGCCUCGACAAUCUCGAAGUUCCAUUAUGGGAACUGAACAGCUUCAUUCACAAGAAUCCAGAAUUGGCGUUUCGUGAGUUCAAGGCGCACAACGCUUUGACCGAGUUCUUGAAGCUCAGGCCAUGCUGGCGGGUCAUGCCAUCGGCCUACGGCAUGGAGACAGCUUGGGUGGCUGAGUAUGAUAGUGGUCAUGCAGGGCCAGUUGUCUCGUUCAACGUUGAGAUGGAUGCACUUCCCGAUCUUGGCCACGCUUGUGGGCAUAACCUUAUUGCGAGUGCAUCGAUGGCUGCUGGGCUCGCAACCGCGGAAGUCAUGAAACGCCACAAGUUGGCAGGCAAGGUGAUUUUGUUCGGCACUCCGGGAGAGGAAGGUUAUAAAGGAGGGAAAAUCCUGUUCCUCGAGAAAGGCGCAUACGAAAAUGUUGACGUCUCGCUCAUUUCGCAUCCUGGUAUCCUCCACAACAGCCCCUUAGUCCGGACUACUGCUUUUGCGCGCUUGGAAGUGGAAUACUUCGGGCGUGCCGCCCACGGAGGAAAGGAGCCUUGGAAAGGAAUCAACGCUCUCGACGCCCUCGUCAUUUCGUACAAUGCGGUAGCUGCCCUACGGCAGCAGACUAUGCCGGGUGACGUGAUUGGCAUUGCCAUCACCAACGGGGGGGGGAAGGCGACCAAUAUCAUCCACUCCUACGCUGCCUGCGUGUGUAUGCUGCAUACCAGGACCGCCUUACGCCUAGAGGAACUGCAACAAAAGGUACGCGCAUGUUUUCGUGCUGGUGCUGAGGCCACCGGGUCGGGGAUAAACAUUACUUGGACGCCAGGAUACGAGGACCACAUGCCAAACCGCGUCCUUGCGGCCUCGUACACAAAGUAUUGGGAUUUGAUACCUGACCCACCGCAACCUCCAAUCCCGGAACCGGGGCCUGGCGAGGAAUCGUUCACCUGGGUGCCCUCCAGUACAGAUCAGGGAAAUCUUAGUCACGCAAUGCCGAGCAUCAACGUGAGCUUCGCCAUCCCCCCCGGGCCUAAAGCCGGCCAACCGCACACUCCAGACUUUGAGGGGGCGGCUGGGACAAGGGAAGCGUUCAGGAGAGCUCUUAGAGUUGGCAAAGCCUUAGCCGGGACCGCGAUUGAUGUCCUCACUCAGCCGGCUCUGCUAGAUGAAGUGAGAAAGCAGUGGGAACAUGACAUGGAUAGCAUCGGUCGACAGGAAUUGAUGAAUCAGGGGGGAUGGCUAUUGUACGACGGGAGGGACCAAAGACAUUGGAACUAUAAAUCAUAA